AUGACUAGAAAAAGGACAAAAAAAUUUUAUCCUAAUAACAAUGAUACUCAAAGAAAUACUGACGAUAGUGAUAGCGAUGACAACAACAAUAAAAGAUUAAGACCAAAUCAUGAAGGGCUUGAUAGUGGUAGUGGUGGUGAUGGCAAUGGUGAUGGUCGCCAUGACGAAAAACGUGAAAGUCGUAAUGUUGUACCAGCACCGCCAAAACUUAGUGUUCCUGAAAUAAGGCAAUCACAACAAGAAACCGCUAUUACGAACUUUAGUUCUUCCGAGUUAAGUUAUAAUGGUAGUGAUCGAAUAAUAUUUAUUAUUAGUGGGGAACAAAUUAGAACUGUUUGGAAAAAAAUAUUAAGAAAAGAGGAAUCUUGGGAUCAAAGCAAAGUUAGAAUUUUUGUUAGUUCUGCAUUAGCAGCAACAGAUAAUCGAACAGGUUACGAAGUAGAAGAAAUAGUUACUGAAUUAGGUAAUCCUAAAUGUGGUCUCAAAAGAUUGAGAGAAAUUAUAAAUUUUUCUUCCAUGUCAUGUGACGCCGGUCUUGAUAAAAAUGUGUUAUCAUUUCAAUAUGUUAUAUUACCUUUAUUGGGUUUAUUUACUAGAACGGCUAUCACUGAAUGUAUUUUGGAAAAAUAUGUUCAUGCAAUUUUUAUAAUGGUAUAUAAUAACCUUGACUCAUUUCUUUAUAAUAAUGUGAUGAAAAUGUUAAGGACGUUGGUUCAACGUAAUUCUAUUGUGGAUACUCGUGUUAGCGCUGAAAAUUUACUGUCACGUGAACGAUAUUCAUUUAUUCCGUCUUCUUUAGGAAUAUUUUUCUUGAUAAUCGUACGAUUUCUUACAGAAAUAUUGCGUCGUAUUAAAGAGGCGUCUAUUAAUGAAACAAUGCAUAAAAUUGCCAAUGAUUUAUAUCGAUUAAAGGCUAUGUAUCAGCAAUCACUUGAACAACAAAAAUUUUCUUCAACAGAUCAAUUAACUAGUAAUUUAGAGGUCAGAAAAUAUUUUUUCAUGGUAUUAGAAAGGGAGAUGAAUACCAUGAAUAAAAUGUUAAAUAAUGGACGUAAGAAUUUAAUUUUUGGAGCUAGAAGUUGGAAUGUAGAAUUAGAUCAUCAAUCAAAUUAUGGAGUAUUAGCCAUAGGAGCUGAUGCAGAAAGAACUUAUGAUCCACCCGGUGAAUUAUCAAAAUAUGGUAAAAGACAUGAUAAUGAUUUUUCAGAAAUUUCAAAAAUCUCAGUUAUUCCUACAAAAGAAGAAAUAUUAUGUGAACGUCGACCUUUUUUACCUUCUACACUUCGUAAUUCAUCACAUUUUUUAUCUGAUGGACCAGCCAGACUAUUUGAUACACAAUUCCGUCUUUUAAGGGAAGAUUUAUUAAAUCCAAUCCGUAGUGGCAUAUCUAAUUUAUUGACUGCAUUAUUACAAGAGCAUUCUUCUUCUAAUAAUGGUGAUUUAAAAUUAUCCAAAGAAUUAAAGAAAAUACAAGACAAAGGUGGUAGAUUUUCGUAUAAUGAUGGUACGAAUAGAAAUUGUGAUCUACAGGUAUAUACGAAUAUACAAUUCGCUGAUAUCUCUUGUGAUAGAAAAAGAGGAUUUGCUUGUACUAUAAGAUUUACUCCUCCAAUAACUAGUGCAAAAGAUGCAAUAGGUAGAAAAGAGUACUGGGAAAGAAGUAAAAAAUUAUUGGUUGGUAGUUUAGUUACCCUUAUAUUACCAAAUCAAAAACUUAAACCUACGUCAAUAAAUAAAUUUGAUUUUUAUUCACUUUAUUUUGGUGUGAUCGUAACAAGAGAUUUAAAUGCUUUAUCUAAAGAUGAACAUUCUGCGGAAAUAGUUAUUAAUUUUAUAGAUCCAUCAAUCUAUCCUAUUGCGUUAAGUGAGAUUUCAAAUUUUAGAAAAGGAUCAUUAGAAAAAAGAUUUAUGGUAGAAUCAACUGGUGUUUAUUUAGAAGCUUAUUAUCAUAUUCUUAAAACUCUUCAAACUACGGAUUCUUCUUCUUUACCUUUUGAAAAAUAUUUGACUCCUAAUUUUGAUGAUAUGAAUAAUGUUGAAGGGUCGAGCAGUACUCUUGAUAUUAAAGUUGAAAGUCCUAUGUAUACUAGAGCUCCAGGAUUUCAAUUUGAUUUAUCAAUUUUAUGUAAAAAUAAACAUCAUUUGAAAUUAAAUGUUGCAGAUAAGAGCUCUUACAAUGAAGUGGUAAAAGAUAUCGUUAAAUAUAGUGAUAUCGGUAAAUUACCCAAUGGAAACCCUUACGGAAUGGACGAAACUCAAGCCAAGGCGUUAGUAUCAUCUUUAACACGCGAAAUUGCAUUAGUUGAAGGACCUCCUGGUACAGGUAAAACAAUAGUUGGUGUUCAAAUAAUGAAAGUAUUAUUAGCCAGAGAAAAUCGAAAAGCAAAAAUUGGACCAAUUCUAACCAUUUGUUUUACUAAUCACGCUCUUGACCAAUUCUUGGAGCAUUUACUUGAUGAAAGGAUAAUGAAUAUAGUGAGAUUAGGAUCUCGAACGAAAUCUGAAAAGAUCAGAGGAUUUACUUUGGAAGAAAUUUGUAGAAAUCGUACUCAUAACAAAAAGGAAUCUUAUUUAUUAGCAAGAUUAUAUGAAGCGAUUGAUGAGAUAGAAAAAAAUACUGAAAAAGUAAAAAAUACUUUAUUUAGAAGAUGGAUGAAAUGGAGUGAUUUAAGUGAAUAUUUAAUGAUUGAAGAGAAUGAAUUUUACAAUAAAUUUGUUAAUGUAACUGAAAAUGAUUUACCAAGUUGGGUUUUAGCAACAGAUGAAAGCAAAAUUAAAAAAUGGCCAUUUGAGAAAUGGUUAAGUGGUGAAGACAUUUUAAUAAUUGAGAGAAAAAAACUCUUGUUAAACUCAUCAAAGACUAAUAAGAAAAAUAACAAGAAUAAUAGGAAAAAUAAUAAAAAUAAGAAAAAUAAUGAUAAAAAAUUAAAUGAAGGGACUGAAGAUAAAAUGGAUAUAAUUGAUAUUGAAUUACAGUUUGAUGACGCUAUGCUAAAUUGGAUCAAAAAUUACCAAGAACCGGAAGCGGAUCGGCCAUUGAUUGUAUUAUUAAAUGAUCAUUCAAUUUGGAAUAUGUCAAUAGUAGAACGAGAAAAACUUCAUGAUCAUUGGCGUACAAAAGUUUAUGAAGAAGCCGAAGAAAAAUUGUCCGAUUUACAAAAAAAGCAUGAUGAAAAACGUAAGGAAAUAGAUAAUAUUUAUGAUGAGAAACGUCGUCAAGUAUUAUUAAACAGUGACGUUAUCGGUAUGACUACAAAUGGUGCAGCUAAAUUUCAAAAUUUAAUUAGAUCAAUUGGUCCUAGAAUUAUUAUUUGUGAAGAAGCAGGAGAAGUAUUAGAGGCUCAUAUUAUUAGUGCAUUAACUCAAUAUUCACAGCAUUUGAUAUUAAUUGGUGAUCACAAACAACUUCGACCUCACAUUGCAACUUAUUCUCUUAGUAUGGAUUCACAAAUAGGAAAAAAUUUUCAAUUGGAUAAAUCAUUAUUUGAAAGGUUAGUUAAAGGUGAUAAUGCGGUUAAAAUUGAGAAGGCUCGACUUUUAACUCAGAGACGUAUGAGAGGAGAAAUUUCUGAUUUAAUUAGACACACACUUUAUCCAAAUUUAAUUGAUGGCGAUAAUACUACAGAUUACGAGAAUGUACGCGGAGCUCAACAUAAUGUAUAUUUUAUUGAUCAUAGGAAUCUAGAAGAUCAUUCAGGCAGAGAAUAUGCAAUAAAAUCUCAUGUGAAUAUAUAUGAAGUUAAAAUGGUUGUUGAGAUGGUAAAAUAUUUUGUUAGAAAUGGAUAUACUAAACCCGAUGAUAUAGCUGUACUUACUCCUUAUUUAGGACAAAUGAUUAAAAUUAGAGAUGCUUUAGCUAAAUCAUUUGUUGUUGUUAUUGAUGAAAGAGAUGCGCAGAAUAUUGCUGAGAUGGAAGAAGGACAGGAACAAGAAGGUGAUGGUGCUAUAAGCGUCGCAUCAAAAAAAUCAUUAAGUCGACAAGUUACUUUAAGGACUGUUGAUAAUUUCCAAGGUGAAGAAGCGAAUAUAAUUAUUGUCUCAUUAGUUCGUAAUUACUCUGAAUUUGGACAUAAAUAUGAUUCCAUUGGAUUCCUCAAAAGUGCAAAUAGAUCUAAUGUAUUAUUGUCACGCGCUCGUAAAGGAAUGUAUCUAAUUGGUAAUUCUGAAUUAAUGGCAAUGAAAUCUAAAAAUAUGUGGGCUCCUAUAAUUAAUAUUUUAAAAGAGCGUAACCAAGUUGGCUUUGGAAUGCCAAUUAUAUGUAAUCGACAUCCUGACUAUAAGAAUAUUAUCGCCAAACCUGAACAAUUUGAACAAAUUAGUCCAGAUGGUGGAUGCUAUGAAAAUUGUAACACGAAACUUUCUUGCGGGCACAUGUGUAAAUAUAAAUGUCAUUCAGAUGAUCCUGAACAUAUAGGAGUCAAAUGUUACGAACGUUGUUUAAGAUUACAUCCGGAAUGUAAUCAUCCAUGUCCAAAACUUUGUUUUGAAAAUUGUGGAGAUUGUGAAUUUCUUAUCGGAGAUAUCAUAUUACCUGGUUGUGGUCAUGAAUUAAAAAGUGCUAAAUGUUGGCAAGAUCAAACAAAAGAUUCAAUUAAAUGUAAAACUAAAGUUCCUAAAAAAUUACUAUAUUGUGAACACUAUAAAGAACUUUAUUGUUUUGAGUCUGUUGAUAAUGCCGAGUGUACAGAAAAAUGCAGUAAACAAUUAAAUUGUGGUCAUGAAUGUUUAAAAAAAUGUUUUGAAUGCCAAAAUCUCACUAUAUCAACAGAGGAACCCGAUAAUGAAAAUAUGGAAGAAGAUUUAAUCAUUCCUAUUGAACGAACGCAACAUGGAGAAUGUCAAACUAAGUGUCAAAAAUUAUUAUUUUGUGGGCAUGCAUGUAAACGUAACUGUCAUGAAGGAAUAGAAUGCCCACCAUGUAAGAAUUAUUGUACAGUAACAUGUGAACAUACAACAUGUCAUAAGCCUUGUUUAGAACCAUGUGCUGUAUGUGCAGAAAAAUGUUUAUGGGAAUGUAAACAUCAAGGAAUAUGUGAAUUAAGUUGUGGAGCUCCUUGUGAUAGAUUACCUUGUAACGAAAGGUGUAAUAAAGUAUUAAAAUGUGGACAUAAAUGUGCCGGAGUUUGUGUAUCAGAUGUGAUUUGCAGGAGUACAUUUAGAGAAAUAGAUUGGAAUGAAGAAAGAAUGAUUGUUCUUACUUGUAGGCAUGUGUUUACUAUGGAAACUAUGGAUAUGCAUAUGGAAAUGAAAGAUUAUUUUGAAGGUUCAAUUGAAGGGGGGUGGACAUCGGUUAAAAUACUUCCAUCUUCACCAUUGUAUAUGAAAAUGUGUCCAACAUGUAGAGCACCAAUUAAAAAUGUCAGGAGAUAUGGAAGAAUAAUUAACAAGUACACAUUAGACAUACAAAACAAGAAAUUCCUAACGAAAUAUAGUUCUCAAUUAAAAUCAAUUUCCCGAUCAAUCAUUAUUCUAAAAGAUAAAUUGAAGAGGAAUGAAUUAAAAAACGCUUUACCUAAACACGAACGAAGACCAAUUGAAGUUGUAAGAAAAGAGCGUGAUAUUAUAAACAAAAAAUCAUCUGAAAUCACACCUCAUUAUUAUUUUGAGAAUAUCGAAAUACAUCAUGGGUUUGAUAAAAUUAGCGAAAAGGCUUGGACUACUCAUGUUCAAAAAUUACUAGAUCAUUAUCAGAAAUUAAUUUCAAUUAUUAAUGUUGCAAAAUUGCCACCUCAUAAAAAAGCUUUUGAUGCUGCCGUUUCAAGUUUAUAUCAAACUAAGUUAGCAAAAGAAGUCCCUGAAAAUGAUUUGGCACAAGUACAGAGCUCUUCCACUGACUCAUCGAAUUCAUCUUCAAACUUUUAUCUAUCAAAUAUAAGUUCUAUUCCUUCUGAAACUUUUAAAAAGACGCUUUCACAAGUAGGAAUUUCAAUACCGCAAGUAGAUCGUAGAAUUUAUUUAGAUGCAUUUUUUGAAAUCAUCAAUAUACAAAAAAUUCUUCAUCACGAAAUUUUAUUUAUAAUUCAAGAAUUAUUAGAAGAAUCAACACAAAAUGAUAUGGUUAUUGAUCAUACAUUAAGUAUUAAAGAAGUUUGGAAAGGUUUUAUUAAAAGAUUACAAUCUUCUAUUCAAAAACAUUUAAAUACAAUAAAAGAAGUAGCGGAAUCUACUCAUUAUGGUAGACAUUUAUUUUUGGCCGAUGUGGAAAUAUUAGAAUUUGAUUUUAAAUUGCUUAAAUAUCAAAUAAAAGUUGCUCCUACUGAUAAAAAUGGUCACAUCAGUUGGAAACUUCAAGAGGAAAUUACAGAAAAAUGCAAGGAUAUUAAAAACCGUAUUGAAGUUAUAAUUGAAAGUAAUAGAUUUAAAGAUUCUGAAAGGGAAUUCAAGAAUAGUAUUCACAAGAGAUUACUUGAUUUAUUGGAAAAUUGUAAUGAAGUUGAAGAAUUUGCAAUUAAUUUGAGCGGAAUUUUACUUAUGGAAGAAAAAUUAGAAAUUCAUCGAGCUAUGAGAACUGAAUUUAGAGGUUCAGGACAUUGGUAUGAGUGUCCAAAUGGUCAUCCGUAUACGAUUGGAGAAUGUGGUGCAGCUAUGCAAACUAGUAGAUGUCCUGAUUGCAAUGAGGUAAUUGGUGGAUCUAGCCAUCAGUUAACCUCUACAAAUAGAAUUAAUUCAGAAUUUGACUCUAUGCCACAAUAA